GUACUAACAGAGGAGGAGGAGGAGGAUGGGGUACCACAAACCAGAGAUACACUAAUGUAAUCCAGCCAUCUACUUUUAAGUCUAAUACAUGGGGUGGCAGCAGAGAUCAUGGAAGAGGAUUUUUCGGCUCCUCUGAUUUUGGAUCAUCAGGCGGCGGCAGCAGCAGCAGCAGAAAUGCAGACUUUUCGCAGAACAGAUUCUCUGCAUUAACAAACAAUCAAAAUAUUGCUGAUGGCUAUAAAGAUGAAGAGGAGAGACUUCUCGAAUGUGUAGUGAAAGACAUGGAGAUCUGGGAAUCUUCAGGACAAUGGAUAUUUUCAUCUUAUUCACCAAUGAAAGAAAAGCCAAAUGUCUCGGGCUUUCCAGAUUUCUCACCAGAAGAGAUGCAUCUGGAGUAUUAUAACUGCAGAGCAAACAAUGACAUUCAGAACUAUAUAAAUUCUGUCCAACAGUUAGCAAAACAGUGGAAAAAUCGGCUGCUUCAGUUGAAAGCUUUAAAUGCAUCAACAAAAGCAGCUUUGCUGUCUGAACUAAAGAACACGGUCACUCAACCAUUGCCUGCCUUUGGGUUUGGAGGACAGCAACCAUCAAGCUUUGGGUUGUCAAGCUUUCCUGUGAGCAGCAGCAGUAACAGUGCUAGCAGUUUCUCUUUUAAAACAAGUUCCAGUCUCAUCAGUGCAUCAUCUGGAAACACCCCUGCUUUUGGGAGCUCUUCUGCUGGUUGUAAUCCUCCUGUAUUUGGUGUGACGACCCCUGCUAGCGUAUCCCAUCCUGUUGGUUUUGGCAGCCUAGCGGCUCCAUCUGCAGCCUCCUUCUCGUUUAAAACUUCUGAAACAACUAGUGGGUUUGGAGCUUCUGCAUUUUCAGGGUUUGGCAAUUCCUCUGCUGUGAACUCUUCAAGCACCACUCCGCUUACAGCCUUUGGAGCUUUUAAUGCAGCAGUAGCAGCUUCUCCCUCACAUUCAAGCAGUACUUUAUUUGGACAGACUGCUGGUGCUUCUGGACAUAACAUAACAUCAGUGUCUUCUGCAGUCACAAACAAUACUACAUCAGAAAAGUUAUUUACUCCACAGAGCGAAUUAUCAGCUGAAGAGUUGAAACAAUUCGAAGCAAAGAAGUUUACGAUGGGAAAGAUUCCUCUUAAGCCACCACCACUAGAGCUUUUAAAUGUCUAG